ACCUGGCUGCGAAGUUCGAACAGCGUUGCAUAAUUCCACUCCAAUAAUAAUGCCAUAAUGCCACCAUGCCACUGCCAGGCACCAAAAUUCGUCAUUUCUGGCUGAGCUCCCCACCAGCCUAAGGAGGAUCGACGGACAAAGAACCUGGGCCGGAAUCCAAGCACCGCCAUACCCAUGACUGAGCUCGUACUAGGAAAAUCCGUGUUUUAUGUUUUAUACGUCGAAAUUCGAGCUCAUUGUUCCAGGAUUAGUCGUAAUCUUCACUUCUGGGGCUCUUACCCGACAGAGCGAGUUUUCCUGAUCCUUCGUAGAUGCGCACGACGGAGCGCUCGUGGAAGGAUCUGCUCAGAGCAUCCAUCUGGUCAUCAGAUCCAAGUUCGAUUGAUCAAGGCGUGUGAAUCAAUGGUCAUCAAGAAGCUGGAGUCAAGGCCCUUGCCGGACUUGGGUAAUCGUGGGGUCUUACUUAGGCAGUUGACGCGCAGAUCCGCCAGGUUCCCACUCGCUGCUCGCAUCAUCCGUGGCAGGGACAGGGGAGUUGGGACUCGCCAUGCUGAACGCCGACUCUUCAUACCCCACACCACCUGGCUGUUACAUGUGGAUUGUGGAUGCCGGCGACAAGAAUGCGACUCCGAAUUUUUGCAGCGGAUCCCGGUAUCCAACUUGGAGUCCUGGACCUACGAGAAUUCGAUUUCCACCUCUUCAAUAAGAAUAUGAUAGAGAAGCUAGCACCGGGUGUCGGCUGGACCCGUCUCCAGGCCCCAGGCGAAUGAUAACGAACUUGGGCAGCCAUCACCACCACCACUCCCAAGUUUGAGCCUGCUUAUGCUGAUU